UUCUUCUUCUUCUUCUUCUUCUUUUUCGGAUUCGUCCAUCCGCUCCCCGUCUUGAAGCAGCUUCCAGGCAUCUUUUUGCCUUCCUCGCCGGUUCCCCAAGGCGGGUUUACUCCCAUAUUCACCUUGGAGGCCAACACGACUAACACAUUGAACUGUCCUAAUCUCGGGUUGGAUUCAUAAUUCCGUCUUGCCGUAUUGUACAGUUAAGAGGCAAAGCCAAAACCGCCAAUCCAGUUACCUUAGGUACUCCGUUUGUUACGAGGUACUUAAAAGAAAGUACCAAAGAUACUUUGGAUAAGGUACCUUUUUUUGCCCACCUGAGGGAACGAAGAGCCCAGCCCAAGGACCGAGGACCAGGAAGGACCAUUCUCAAGGGUCCGCGGGUCCACUAUACUCAGCACCAAUCAGCACCAAUCACCAUGAAGGGCGCCCUGGGUAGAUGGCUAACAGGCACAACACGUACCCCAUUUCCAGCGACUAAUGACACCGAGCAUCCGUUUAGCAGCCGCAGCAGCGCCGAAAAUAAUAAUAAUUCUGGCGCUGGCUCUGACCUCGCCGCUGCCGCUGCUCCUACACCAACUUCCUCACAUUCCCUCACCUCGCCGUCACCUUCACCACAACCCGCAACUCCGGACGACCAAUUUAAUUUCCCCGGUCGCAAUAACUAUUUCGCUUCCGAUAUCACCGGCGCAUCUGCCUUUAAAUCUGUUGCCGCAUCCGCAUCUGCAUCUGCAUCUGCAUCCGCAUCCGCAUCUCCCCUCUCCGUCUCCGCAUCCAAACCAAUAGACAUCGCGAGUAAUAAUCCAAAGAUUCGCAACUCCAAUUCCGCCUCGCCGCCUUCAGGCCAGCCCAUCCCGACCGAACCGGACUGGCUUCAAGUUAACGUCGACGGCGACCUUGACCUCGAAAUGACCACAGGUCCUGCGCUCGACUCGGCCGUGAGCCGUAGUCGCCAGGACUCCUUCGUCAGCGCUGGACCCAAGCCCAUCUCUAUGAUCAAUCCGAAUCGCGAACAGGCUAAUCGCGGUAGACGGGAGAGCUUGGCCGGCAGUUUAAUGAACGGUAUGAGCUGGGGCGGAGUCUCAGUCGGGAGCUUCAUUAGAGAUGACCUCGUAAUGACAGGCACGUCGCCGUUUACCGGUGCUCAUCAAUCGCCCUCAUUCCACUCUAACUCAUACAUCCCCAAGAUGGAGGCCGAAUAUCUGCGCAACUUCAUAUGUUGCGACUUGAAAUUGGACACGAUGCACGAUCUGCUUCGCCACUAUGAGACGGUCCACACGGGCCAGAAUGCCCAGCCGAACCGGAAUGGGUCCGGUAUCCCGAUGCCCCAUAGGCUUUCGGUUAGCAGCCGACCGUCUAUGUCGAUGGCAAUUGGACGGCAGGAUUCGCAAGGCUUUCAGCAUCAGUCGCAGAUAGGAUCGAGCCAAAGGUUCGGAAAUAUAGGAAGCAGCAACCUCAGCCCCGGAAUGGGUUUCGGUGGAAUCCAGAUGGGAAGACAGUCUUCGACCAUGGACUCCAACGCCCAGAAGCGAUCACAGCAGCUGAACCGAAUGCAAUCCAACGACGAGAUGGAUGCUGUUGGUGACAUGGAAAUGGAUGACACCGUCGGUAUGAUGGAGAUGGACGAUAACCAACGAACUAUCCAACAGACCCGACAAAUGUUCGGACAGCAGCAGAGGCCUCAACUACAAUUGACCACCCCGGGGCUACAGCACCAAGCUCUCCGAACAUCGCAGCCGUCCACACCCGGUGCUAAUAACUUUGGCUUCCAGAACAAUCCUACAGUCUCGUCAGUCAACACGCCUACCUUGACAACGCAACAAGCCGCAUUAGGGCAACAAAUAAGUGGAAAUAAGGAUGGGAUGGGGGAUAUGGACUUCUCUUCGCUCAAUAACCUAAACCUCAACAACAUAGGAGAUUUUAAUAACUCUAAUCUCUCCGAGUUUUUCAUUGACGACCCGGCCAAGAGGCUCUACAGCCCGAACGGUGGACCGGCAAGCCAGAGAGCGUUACAGCAGCAGAUGGCUCAAUUUGGACUCGAUGCAAGUCAGUUUGGAAACAUCACGGACCCCAACCAUUUGGCAGCGCUGCAACGUGCGAUCGCGAACCCUGGUUCCUUGGUAAUACCGCCGGAGGAGGACAAGCCCUUCAAGUGUCCAGUUAUUGGGUGCGAGAAAGCUUAUAAGAACCAGAACGGCUUGAAGUACCACAAACAACAUGGGCAUCAAAAUCAGCAGCUCCACGAGAACGGAGACGGUUCUUUCUCCAUCGUAAACCCCGAGACAUCUGCCCCUUAUCCGGGCGAGACGGGUAUGGAGAAAGAGAAGCCACACAAGUGCGAAUAUUGUCACAAGCGCUACAAGAACUUAAACGGCCUCAAAUACGUACGUCAUCCUGGGUUUACUGUUUACUACUUACUAUUUACUAUUUACUAUUUUAUCCAUACAUCAUCAUAUCUACAGAGACUGACAACCAAACAGCACAAGCAACAUUCGUCUGCCUGCGAGAUCCAAGCCCAAGCGGCUAACAUCCGAGCUAACCUUGCAGCCAACAAUCAGAUGUCCUUUAACAUGGGCAAUAUCGGCCACGGACUUCCCGGAAUUGGCGAAGAGAUGCAGUUAUAGGGUCAUCUGUUCUCUCGGCCGCCUGCCAAAGACCACGGCGCUUGCUACUAAUUUCUCGAGUUGCGACCUGGCGUUGAUGGCCCUCAUUCAACCGGAGGUUUCUGGUCCCGCAUUGAUAUUUCGGCAUAGAUAUGUUCAUAUAGACUGGAUACCCCCUUACAUACUGUGGCAACUGUACAUACGGCCAUAAUUUCUCUCGGUUCGGAAAAGUUUGUUCUUUACGUCAUCUUGGCGGCGUUCUUUGCUUCUUGCAUAAGGCGUCCAGUCUAAGAUAUACCCUCGAUAGACUUCUAUGCAGAACUCGUCGCCUUUUUUUUU